AUGGAUUGGUGUAAAUCCGCAGUACCUAUACUGUGGAAACAACCCUUUAUGUUAACUGACGUUACGAAACCGUCAGAUAAAAUUAUUAAUGUUUAUUCAAAGUUUCUUAGUGAUGAUGUAAGAGCCAUGCUCAUGAUUCAAGGAUUAAAGUUACCUGAUUAUCUCUUGCCAACUUAUUAUGACACUGAUGUUGAAAUGAAUGAUAGUGAUUGUAAUUCUAGUUCUUAUAACAAUAUUCAUUCGACUAAAAAUAGAUUUAACAAUAGUUUAUUUUAUUAUCCUUGUUUUUUACGAAAGUUUAAAUAUGAAACUUUUAUAUUAUGCUUAGAGCAAUGGUACACUGAGGUUCUCGAACCACUCCAAAUAAUUGAUGAAACCAAUUUCAACCUCAAAAAUACAUCAACCAACAAUACUUUGCGCACCAGAUUCGCACGACCCAAUUAUCAUCAUACGUCAUCUUUUAAUAUCUCUAUACCAUCUGCAAGUAACGAUACUGUUUCAAAAACAUCGCAAUACAGAGCUGAAGAGAAACAAAAAAUAAAAGCUGCAUGGUGUCCAACUUUGAGCAUCGAAUUUUUCAAGAUUUUUUUGGCUGCGGGAAUAAAACUCGAUUUAUUGGAUCUUCAAUUUCAACAAUGUUAUAGUACGAAAAACGUUGAUCAUCUUAGAGUCAUACCAAUGUUACCAAACGCUAGAGCGAGUUUAUCAAAUCUUGUAGAGUUCAUGCCUAAAGGUGUUGAUGAUGAAACAUACGAACAAUACUAUUCAAAAAUUUGUAGAAAAAUAAAAACAUUAAAACUUCAAGAUUUGAAUACUGGUAACCUUGGUGCAAUCUCAUUGAUAUCAUCUCAAUUUUCCUUAGAACAUAUAGUAAUUUCCAAUUACUCAUCGUAUAUGGCUGGAAAUGCUAUUCACAAAAUACUCGCCGCUCUGGAAUCGCAAGCACCAUAUAUGAAAUCAGUAGAGAUAAGAAAUUCGUUUAUUCAGGAUAAUCAUAUACCGUCAAAAGAAUUUUGUUGGCCGGAAUUAGAAGAAUUAAGGAUUGUGAAUAAUGAUCAAAAUUUGGUAAAGAUGCCACUUGGUGUGGGUCCAUUUCCAAAAUUGAAAAAGAUUUUUAUUAGUCAACAAUUUAUUCCUGUUGAUCUUGAACAGUUACUUAAAAAUACUUUGAAGCAAGAUGAUGGAACUUAUAAUUUUAAUGAUGCUGAUAAUGUUAAUAACGUUAAUAGUGUUAAUAAAGAAUCUAAUGAUGGAAGUGAAUGUGUAUAUGAAUCGUCAUUAACACAUAUUAAUUUAAACAUUCAAAUUCAUUCAGUAGAAUUAUCCACAAUUUUACGUACCAUAGCCACCCAUUGUAGUCAAAACUUACUUCAUUUCGAUUCAACCAUUGAUUUUCAUUCAAUUCCAUUACUCUUCACUCUUUUACAAUCAUGUCAGAAAUUAGAAUCGCUUUCCAUAUGGAACCCAUUUUUUAACCAAUAUACUGAAGAUGAUUAUCGUAUGUUGGUUAGUUACUUUCCAAAAACGUUGAAGAAGUUUGUUAUUUCGACCAUGUAUAAAGAUAUUUCUUAUGGGAGUUUAAAAAUUUUGUUAAAGGAAAUGUCGGUAAAACUUGAUGUAUUGGGUUUAGGAAGUUGUAAGAAACUUGAUCACAGAAGCGUUGAAAUUAUUGGCGAAUGUGCAAAAGAGAAUUCAAGAAACAUGCCAAGAAAGAUAAUAUUUAAUCAGAAUAAUUUUGAAUUUUGGUGUCUCGAAUUGGAAGAUAAAUUUUUAGAAUUACAAACUAUGGCAAAUACAAUAAAAAAACUUGAUCGUUUAUAUAAAAAAUUCUUUAAGCAGCCAACCAUUCAAAAACAUUCACAUAUUGGAUUAGAAUUAGCGUGUAAGACCUUUUGA